GAAAAAUCGAUAUCGCAAAGUCGUGCACCACACAAAAGUUAAAACACACGAAUCCGCUUUCCGAGGAAGAAUUCGAACCGUCUUCCGUCGCGAAACAACCCCAAAUUAGUUGUAGAAGAUCGCGUGGAGUGCGCCCACAGCUAGGCAAUCGAAGGUUUCCCCGCCAGAGGUCACUAUGCGAAGAUAAUCGCGCGCCCGAAGGUAGACUUGUGUGAAGUGACUUGCUUCAAAGGCGUUUCCCUCUUUGUUCGACACAACUUUGCUGCGGAUCUGCUGCGAAAUGUGUUAGUGGGAAGGCAGGAAUCGUGUUCGUGGCGCAAAGUUGGCGUAGAGUCCGGAACGGUCCGGCAGGAUGAGGCUCAAACCGUGGCUGCUGUCGCUGGCAGUGGCGAUCCAGUAUUACUUUGGAAUUGUAAAUGGCUCCGAGGAUGAGGAACGACUGGUGCGGGAUCUGUUCCGCGGGUACAACAAGCUGAUCCGGCCCGUGCAGAACAUGACCCAGAAGGUGGACGUCCGGUUCGGGUUGGCGUUCGUGCAGCUGAUCAACGUGAACGAGAAGAAUCAGAUCAUGAAGUCGAACGUGUGGUUACGACUCGUCUGGAGCGACUACCAGCUGCAGUGGGACGAGGCCGAUUACGGCGGUAUCGGCGUGCUGCGGUUACCCCCGGACAAGGUCUGGAAGCCGGAUAUCGUGCUGUUCAACAAUGCCGACGGUAACUACGAGGUGCGCUACAAGUCCAACGUGUUGAUCUACCCGAACGGCGAGGUUCUGUGGGUUCCGCCAGCCAUCUACCAGAGCUCGUGCACGAUCGACGUGACGUACUUCCCGUUCGAUCAGCAGACGUGCAUCAUGAAGUUCGGCUCGUGGACGUUCAACGGCGACCAGGUCUCGCUGGCGCUGUACAACAACAAGAACUUUGUCGAUCUUUCCGACUACUGGAAGUCCGGUACGUGGGACAUCAUCGAGGUGCCGGCCUACCUGAACGUGUACGAGGGCAACCCGACCGAGACGGACAUCACGUUCUACAUCAUCAUCCGGCGCAAGACCCUGUUCUACACGGUCAACUUGAUCCUGCCGACGGUACUGAUUUCGUUCCUUUGCGUGCUUGUGUUCUACCUGCCUGCCGAAGCCGGCGAAAAGGUGACGCUCGGUAUCAGUAUUCUGCUGUCACUGGUUGUGUUCCUGUUGCUGGUGUCGAAAAUUCUGCCGCCGACCUCGCUCGUACUGCCACUGAUUGCCAAGUAUUUGCUGUUCACCUUCAUCAUGAACACCGUCUCCAUCCUGGUCACCGUCAUCAUCAUCAACUGGAACUUCCGUGGGCCGCGCACGCACCGCAUGCCCAUGUGGAUCCGGUCCGUGUUCCUGCACUACCUGCCGGCCAUGCUGCUCAUGAAGCGUCCCCGGAAGACGCGGCUCCGCUGGAUGAUGGAGAUGCCCGGCAUGAGCAUGCCCCCGCAGCCGCACACCCACCCCUCGUACGGAUCGCCGGCCGAAGUGCCCAAACACAUCAGCGCGCUCGGCGGCAAGCAGUCCAAGAUGGACGUGAUGGAGCUGUCCGACCUGCACCACCCGAACUGCAAGAUGAACCGCAAGAUGAACAGCGGCGACAUCGGACUGGGCGCGGACUCGUGCCGCCGGGAGAGCGAAAGCUCCGACUCGAUUCUGCUGUCGCCGGAGGCGAGCAAGGCCACCGAGGCGGUCGAGUUCAUCGCGGAGCAUCUGCGCAACGAGGAUCUGUACAUUCAGACCCGCGAGGACUGGAAGUACGUGGCGAUGGUGAUCGAUCGGCUGCAGCUGUACAUCUUCUUCAUCGUGACCACGGCCGGCACGGUCGGCAUCCUGAUGGACGCGCCGCACAUCUUCGAGUACGUCGACCAGGACCGCAUCAUCGAAAUCUACCGGGGCAAGUAAGAGGGAAAACGAGGAAGAGGAGAGAAGAUCGUUGUUGGAAUGUUAGGUUAACAUUUGCUCAAAUAUGGGUCACUUUUUUACGUACGAAUAGAUUUGAAGUAAAACAAAACAAGCAAAGUAAUCAAGCAAAAGGACAUAACUUUUAAUAAAUGAAGCGCAAAACCUAAGUGUGAGCUGGUACGAACGGCGGGCCGGUUCCGGACUAGCCGGAGUUGUUAUCACCCUAACGCUGCCAGCUGUCCAGAACGAGAGUAGUUAAAUGACUUAUUAAACGGCGUAGUCCUACGCCAAUAGUGGAAUAUGUUUUCCGUUGAUCUGUGUCGUUCUUCCAGUCAGUGUUGAGUUUUUGUUACGAUGUUUUAGGCUCAAAUUUAGACAAUGAAAUAGUGAAUCUAAUCAAAUACUUUACACGAAUGAUGCCAAAUUUUGUUCCCAAAAAGUUUUACCACGAGUUGAGUUUUGACUGUCAUUUAAAGCUAGGACAAACUACUAUUUAAAAAAAGGAAAAUUAUAUACUACACACGUAACGAAAAGAAAAACAAAGCGAUUCGCGAUCUAACCCAUUUUAAGCGUUACCCAAGAUUAAGCCCAUUUUUUGAAACCUUACGAAAGAAAAAGUAAACAAAACAAAACACUACCACAAUUUCUUGCGAUUGCGUAGCAUUACAGACGAUCAAUCGACGGAAACUGCAACUUAAAAAUAAAAGAAAACAAAUCAUACUGCAACGAGUAAAGGAAACUUUUUUUGUGAAAAACAACAACUAUUGAAAGAAGAAAAAAUCGUUUUUUCGAGCAUAGUAUUUAAAGCAAAACCAACACUCGUAACUGUUGAACAACAUACUAUCACACAAACACAUACGCAAGCAAGCAAAAUACACACACACUCACAACAAAGGCAUAAAAUGAUAAACUUUAACAAUAAUUAGGCUACUACUACUAACUACUCAAAAAGAAAAAGAAUUAAAAAGGUAAACAAAACACUAGCGUCGAUUUGAAGCGAAAAACACUAACCGAACCCUAAAUUUAAACCCAAUUAUAGCAAACUAAACAAAGAAGAAACACUUUCCAGUACACACACUCAAACAGACACAA